AUGGAGCAUAAAGCAUAUUGGGCUUUGAAGUUCCUAAAUUUUGAUGCGGGUCUAUCAAGGGAGAAAAGGAAGCUGCAACUACUGGAGUUGGAGGAGAUGAGACUGAAUGCAUAUGAAUCCUCCAGGCUAUACAAGCAAAAGGUAAAAGCAUAUCAUGACAAGAAGUUGCUGAAGAAAGACUUCCAACCAGGCCAACAAAUUUUGCGGUUCAACUCAAGACUAAAGCUGUUCCCAGGAAAAUUGAAGUCUAAAUGGUCUGGACCAUUUACUAUCAAGGAAGUAAAGCCAUACGGAUCAGUGGGGUUAAUGGAUCCUCAGUCAACAACUCCUGAGAGAAGUUGGACUGUGAAUGGGAAAAGAUUGAAGUUGUAUCAUGGUGGGAACAUUGAGAGAUUGACCACCAUCUUGCACUUACAGGACCCUUAG